AUGAACAGCGUUAAAAAACUCCAGAGUGAGUCUACUGAAUUACCCGAUUGUAUUAUAUCACAUAUCUUUUCAAAGUUAAGUUUGAAGACUUUGGUGAAAACUAGUGCUUUGUCCAAACAAUGGUAUCACGAAUGGGGAUUACGGAAGGAUCUCAAUUUUGAUCUCCAUAACAUGUUUGAUCAUUAUAAUACAAUGCUUGAAUUAUCAAAAACCAUGUCACUCCUUCAAGAGGCUCAAUCUCAAUUUGCCACAAGAUUGGAUAAUUUCAUGUUAAAAUAUCAUGGUGAUAUGAUCCGUUCAAUCCGAGUAAAUUUUCCAUUAGGCCAUGAUCAUAUUGAUGUCAUUGAUAGAUUACUUCACAAAGGACUUCUUAAGGGUGUCAAUCGUAUUGAGUUUCUUUUCGCAUAUAAAACUCAUGAUGAUGAUGAUGAUAUUGAUUUGGAAAUAAUAAAGCCAUACAAUUUUUCGUUUCCUUUCUUAUCUAACAAUAAUUCUGUGACGUAUUUGCAUCUACAGAACUGCCACAUAGCGCAACAUAUAGAAUUUUCGGAAUUGAAGAAUUUGACAACUCUUGUAUUGCAUCUAAUUCCUUUGAGAUCUGACUUAAAAAUAAUCAGUUCAACAUUGCUUCAUUUGAACAUUAAGUGCGGGGAUAUAGUUUCGAGCCCGUGGAAUAUAGAUAUUAGUGCAUCAAAUCUCUCUUCCUUUGAAUAUCAUUCUAAGUCUAAAUACUUUGGACUUUCGCACAGAGUGAACAUUAAGUCUCACAAGUUAUCCAAGUUUAGCUCUAUAGCUAGUAAGAUUUCUAAGUUUGUCGAUUUUUCUAAAAUGAAAAAUUUGACAACAAUUGUGUUGGAUGGACUCCAUGAAUGUGUUCAAACUAAAGUCAUGCCUCAUUUAUUUUCUAAAUGUCUCCAACUUGAAGACAUCAUCUUUAAAAAUUGCAGGUUCACUUGUGAUUUGAAAAUUAUCAGUGCAAAGUUACGUCAUUUGACCAUAAUUAAUUGUUGCCAUAAGAAUCUCGAUUUUUAUAAGAUAGAUAUUGAUGCUUUGAAUCUCUCAUCCUUUGAAUAUAGAGAUUACAGGAGCCUAAUCACUGUUGAGGCUCCAAAGUUAUUGAAGGUUUUUUGGGAUGAAGGUUUUAGAGAAAAAAAAUAUAUAUAUAACUUUACUACGAUUGCAAGAUUACAUCAAGUUGAGGAUUUAGCUAUGCAUAUGACGCUUCCACUGAUAUCCAAGCUAACAGAGGAUUUGGUUCAAUUUCAAAAUCUUAGACGAUUGAAAUUAUUUAUUGAGGGAGUAUAUGAUCCUAAUAUGGACUACUUUUGGAUUUUAGAUAUUGUAAUGGCUUCUCAACGUCUUCAAAAACUUUCUCUAACGAUUCAAAAUGCACACGAGAAAAAAUCACAUAUGAUUGGAUCUCAUAGGCAAAGAAGAGAAUAUGCAGGAUUUUUUCAUAAUGAUUUAAAGUAUGUGCAGCUACAUGGUUGUGUUUGUUCAACGAAUAUAAUUGAGUUAGCUAGUCACCUAUUGAGGAGUGCAAAAUCGCUUAAGCAAAUUACUUUUAGUUCUCGUGACAAUUUCUAUAUAGGUGAUGGAAGAUGGACCGAGGGCUCUAAUGGUUGUCGUUGGUUUGAACCAAAUGUUAUUCAUGAGAUGCUUAAAGAUGAAGUAAAAGAACAAUGUCAACUCAUUAUUUUGUAA